CUCAGGCCAUACUCGGUGGGCCAGAGAUUGAAGGACGUCAACGAGUUGAUGAAGAAGAUUGGGGAUGAAAAGACAAAGGAGUCGGAGGUCACCAUCCGGUACAUGCGCAAGAUCGGCAUGUUUUCCAUCUUGGUGGUGCUUGGAUCCAUCGGCUAUGCCAGCACGUUGGGCGAGGAACCCAUCAUUGAGACGGUGGAGGAUGUGAAAGACUUGGGCAAGGAUAUGCGG